CAUGUUCUCUUCGACAGAUACUGCUAUCCAGACCGAGGUCGACCGCCUCAAGCUCGAGCUCCAAGCUCGCAGGGUCGAAGAUGGUUCAGAACAGAUAUACGUUGGACAAUACCUACUUGCCAGGUUGCAGCAGCUGGGCGUCACGUCCAUGUUCGGUCUUCCUGGAGACUUCAACUUGGGCUUCUUGGACCUGGUAGAGGAUCACCCCAUCAUCGAUUGGGUUGGUAACUGUAAUGAACUAAACGCGGCCUAUGCAGCAGACGGAUUUGCCCGCGUGAAAGAGCAGAGUAUCGGUGUCGUAUUGACGACGUUUGGUGUUGGAGAGCUAUCAGCAACCAAUGGCAUCGCAGGAGCUUUCUCCGAGAUGGUUCCUGUUCUUCAUGUUGUAGGUGUCCCCAGCACUGCCCAGCAGAAGACCAAACCCAUGCUUCAUCAGCCUCGGUAUGAUGCUAAUAUGAAGGUUGCUGAGCAGUUCAGUGUAGCGCAUGCAUACCUCACCAAUGCGGCCACGGCGGCGGUUGGAAUUGAUAACCUCCUCACUGAAUGUAUGACAAAGGCCCGUCCUGUUUACUUGACCCUGCCCACGGAUAUCGUCUACGAUAAGAUAUCCUCAGCGCGUCUUAAAAUACCUUUGUCCGGUACUCCGCCACCGAACGAGCCAGAAGUUGAGGCAUUUGUCUUGGACAAAAUUGAGGGACUCGUGAAGGAGGCGGAGGGACAUGUGGUUGUUCUCCUUGAUGCGUGUGUUGUCAGACACUAUGCACGCGCAGAGACAAAGGAGCUAAUUAGGACGACCGGAUUCCCAGUUUACGCUGCGCCUAUGGGGAAGACGGCUGUAAACGAGAGUUGGGACCGUUUCGGAGGCAUUUACGUCGGAGCGAUUAGUCACCCCGAGAUUAAGGAGAAGAUCGAGUCGGCAAAGCUCAUUUUAUCUCUUGGCAGCUUGAAGAGUGACUUUAACAGUGGCAAUUUCACUUAUAGUAUCCCAACUGCGCACACCGUUGAGUUGCACUCCUCUUGGACUAAAGUCCAGUAUUCCAACUAUGCGGGUAUCGGCAUGAAAUACCUGCUCCCAAAGUUGACCAGAAGACUGCAGUCCUAUCGGAGUGCAGCACUCAAGUACGAUGUUCCGCGUUUCCAUGCUGUCGUACCUCAGGAAGACGACGACCCAAAGGAUGUUAUUGUCGCAGAGACUGGGACUCCAAUUUUCGGUAUCUUGGACGUUCCGUUGCCUGAUGAUUCAAUUUUACUUAACCAGUUCUUCUGGGGAAGUAUCGGUUGGUCUGUUGGAAGCUGCCUUGGGGCUGCGUUAGCUACGAAAGAUAGGGACCUUGGUCGUGUCGUUCUCUUUGUCGGUGACGGUAGUCUUCAACUCACCGCACAAGAGCUGUCGACUAUGAUUUGCGAAGACCUCAAGCCCAUCAUCUUUGUCUUGAACAACAGUGGCUAUACCAUCGAACGGUACGUCCAUGGUCAAACUCGAAAAUACAAUGACAUUACGAACUGGAAAUGGACAUCACUUCUUGAAACUUUCGGUGACCUUGAUGGGACGCGCUCAAUGUCCUAUAUUGUCAAUACUAAGGAGGAAUUGAUGAAUCUCUUAGAUGAUUCCGA